CAUGUUUUACGACACCUAUAUACGACAGCUCGCAAAGAUGACCCCACCAUUGCGACCGGCUAUUUCACACGGUCACAACCUCCCCGCCCCCAACCCCAGCAUCAACAGCAACUUCCAAAAACACGAUGCCCGGCGUCGGUGUCGGAAGCGCACGCACAUUUCUCGUCUGCUUCCUUGUGAUGCUCAUCGUAGCCACGCUGUUUGCUCCCCUGCGCUUCUACUUCCUCCGGGGCGAGAAGCGCAGGGCGUUCGGGUACUUGAGCGAUAGCUGCUUCGUUUUCGGGAUGAGUCUCUUGUUGGGAAUCGGAUACAGCAUGAUACCGGUAAUCGUCGAGGAGAUCCGCAUUCGAAGACACGCCCAUAAGGAGGAGGAGGUCAUCGUGAGACUCACAACCGUGGAUACGCUCAAGGCGCUCCUCUGCUUUCACAUCAUCACCGUGACCAUUAUGUGGUCCUUUAAGAUGGGCUUCAUGUUCUUUUAUGCCGCCCUCUAUGAGAGUACAAAGACCAUGAAGAAGAAUGCCCUCUACUAUGUCUCUUUCUGUUUCAUGCCGCUUUCGUACGUGGCUGUUCUCUUGGUAAGCUUCCUCGACUGCAGACCGCUAUCUCUCACUUGGGACCUAGAGCGACUCUUCAUGACCGGCCAAACCUGUACCCCGAUCCACUCCCGCAACGUAAACAUCGUCUACGUAGUCCUAGCCAUCACCUCGGACAUCCUCCUGCUCUGCAUCCCGCUCCACUUCCUGGGCUCCCUCAAACUCACCUCGCCGGAAAAACGCGGCGUCGGCUUCGUCUUCUUCUUCGGCACGCUCUCCAUCUCGGCCGCAGUCGCGCGCUUCACCAUCCUAUCCACCCGCCACACCUACGAUGUCAAUGGCGGCGGCGCGAUCGCCUCGUUCGAUAAAUACUACUGGGCGACGGGACUGGCGUUCCUCGAGAUUACCAUGGCCGAGAUCGCGUUCGUACUGCCGGCCAUGAGGAAAGUGGUGUUUGCUCGUGGAGAGAGGCGGCAGAGGAUGAGGAUCGAGAGCGCAAGGAGGGACGAGAUUGCAGGAUGGAGGGAGGCCACGAGGUCGCGGACUGUUGCCAGCGCGCACGCUGAUCAUGAUGAUGGGGACCGGCUGGUGCACGGCGGGAAUACGGGGGCGCAUGUUGGAGUGCGCGGCGGCCUGGGCACUUUCUACUGGACGUAGCGGUGCACGUGGUCAGUGCGAGCGAUACAAGACCAGACGGUUACUCUGAUUUUAGUGGGGGAGGGAGGC